GCGCAGUUGACGUGCCGCUCAAAUGAGCGCAGUCGGAGAGAAAACUGACAUCCUACCUCUAUUCAUGAAGAUCACUAUUUAAACCGCGGGUUUUCUUUGCGUUUGGUGUUUUUGGGGUGCGAGACGGGUAGGACUACAUCUACUACUUGUUUAAUAAGGGCAUGAUGUUAUUUCUGAUGCUGAUGUUGUCUGUGGUUUUAUUGGCACAGAGUUAUGGUGAUUUUGAUUCGGAUUCUACAGAAUUCUGUUAUGAUGAUGAGCAUUGUGAUCCAUAUGCUUGGGGUGACAACUACCCCUCCUGCCAUCCGCUUCUGGACAGCCAUCAUUCUCCCAUCAAUCUGAAUCAUCAUCUGAUAAAGAACAAUUCUUUGGACUUGUUGCAACUGGAGGGGUUUAAUGUUACUCAUAAAGGCCAGUGGAGGCUCAUAAAUCAGGGUUACUCCGUUGUUUUGGAGGUUGGUGAUGGGAUGCAGGUGAGUGGCGGAGGGCUUCCUGGAACUUAUCGCACCACCCAGCUGCAUUUUCACUGGGGAAGUCUCUCCUCAAAUGGAUCGGAACACACACUGGAUCACCUGAGGUUCCCCAUGGAGAUGCACAUAGUCAAUAUCAAAUCCACUCAUCCAAAUUUGAAAUCUGCAUUGGAGGACCCAACCGGCCUUGCAGUGCUGGGAAUCUUCAUUGAUGUGACUUAUUUGCACAAUGAAAACUUCCAGUCCAUCUCAAGUGCUCUUCCUUCUGUUGCCCACAAAGGGCAAACCAAACUGAUCACACCAUUUCCUCUGAUAAAUCUCUUACCGCAGAACAACCUCACGCAGUAUUAUAGAUAUCAUGGUAGUCUCACAACGCCACCCUGUUCACAGGUGGUUCUGUGGACCGUGUAUGAAGUGCCCAUCUAUAUUUCAUGGGGUCAGUUUGAACGUUUUGUAAGAGGCAUAUAUUCUACUGAGGAAGAUGAUGAUGACCAGGUUCUUCUGCAUGACAACUACAGACACAUCCACCCAACUUACGGACGCACUGUGUAUGCUUCUAAAGAUGCUAAGAUGCUCACCAACAGUGUUUCUCAUCUUAUGGUCUUUCAUCUUUUCAACGUUCUUCAGCUUUUUGGAUUUUUAAACCUUUAGCGUUUUGCACAGGACGUUGAGCUCCAUUUGGUGUCAAAUAAACACUUCAUAUUAGGUUCCUCAAAACUACUCAGAAAGUAUCUUUCAAUCGAGUCAGGAGUAAAUGUUAAGUAGUCAAAGCUGCUGGAUGUUGGAUCAUACGUCUGUUUGAUGCAUGCUGUGAUUCAUUCACUAUUCCAACCAGGAUGGUUAACGGAUGAGUGGUUUAUUCAUUAUUACCGAACAUGAUCACCCAAAGCCUUUCCCUAUAGGGAGAAUUCCCAAGUCAUAUAUACCCACCAGCAGUGUUUAGAGGGAUUGUGAAUGACACCAUAUAGCAUGAAGAUCACAUUUCGUUGCACAGGAUUGAGAUUAACUACUACUGAGUAGAGCAUAUAGACCACACAAGAUCCACUUUUGUUAUUCUAUAUACAAUAUAUCUAUGUAGAACACAUCAAAAUUCUGUGAAAAAUACAAGCUUACCUCAAAAGAAAAAUAUUUCAUGUGUGUAUAUACUAUAGUGG